AUGGACUUUUACAAGGAUAAUCCACAUUCUAAUAAUGACAAUAUAUAUCCGAUAUUGCCAAAGAAAGACAUGCCUUUUCGUCCGUGGAACGCGAAAGCUUUGGAACUGAAUGUUGAGGUCGCGGAUCCAACGAGAAACGCCGAUGAUCGUUCAAUAUCUGUUAACGACAAGUAUCAUCGCGAACGCUUCCCGGUUAAUCCUGAGAAUUCCAAAAUUUCCGAACGAUAUUGCACUCGCAGCAUCGAAGUGGACACUGUUGUUGAAAAGGAAAAUGAAAAAACAAAAUUUUCUAUGAGAGAAAAGGUUUUUCAAAAAAAGUUCACGGACAAAGGAAAGCAGAUCAUCAACGAAGGAAGACCUCGAGAUAUCGGUUGCGAUUACGCCAAAGAGGAUCGUGAAAAUUCAAGCUCGGGAUCCAGUGAAUCAACAAAAAUGUAUGCUAGCCCUUGGGAAGUUCCGGCGAACGUCAUGAUUGCGAAUAAAGAUUCCGAGGUUGAUGAAAAACAGAUGACGGAACCCAUUCUUGACAAUACGAGUGCCUUCUACCAACAGACAAAGCACACUGAUCGUUACCAGCAUAAGUUUUCUGACGCGACUGGCAAAAAAAACAAAAAAAAACCAAGUAACAACAGUUUGUCAAAUGUCGAAUCACUAAGUGAAGAGCUUAAAACGAUCAAUAUCUCUCCGGUCAAGAAUCAAAUCACGUUUGAGGGAUCAUCAGAUGGGUUCAUGUUUAAAUCGGUGCCCGAUGCCCCCGAGACAGUCACUUCAAAAACAUGGAAAAAAGUAAACAAUAAAAACCCGGAAUGGAAUCAACCUUGUAUCCCGCAGUAUUUAGAGAAUCUCAAAACUGAAUUGACGCUCGACGAGGGUAAAAAUGAUUGUGCAGACGAUAUCUUUCUAACAGGAAAUGUUAGACCUGGGUGUGAUGAUGUGAGCAGAAUCAGCAGACAUGAAAGUGAUCACAGCAAAGCUUCUCAAGAAUUUCGUAAACCUAAGACUUAUCUGGCGGGUGAAAGAUCGACCAUAUCGACAUGGUGUCAGUCUGAUGUUUUCCAAGUUGCAGAUAAUGUUAGACCUGCGUGGGGAGAUGGUAACAAAAGUAGAACAUCAGAUCAGGAUCGAUUACAUUUCCUUCGGAAAUUUGAUGAGACUAGAGAUGACAGGGUUAAUGAAACAGCAUGUAACGUUAAGUCUGGAUGGGGAGAUAAAAAUGAAACUAAAAGAUCAGAAUGGAAUCAACCCAAAGUCGCUCGUGUGCUUGAUGAAUUUGAUAAUGAUUGGGCGAUCAAAAAAAAUAUAUCAAAGCAGGUUGAGGAUGUAGAUGGGUGGAGUAACAAAGAGAAACAUUUAAUAUUGGAUUCAAGAGAAUUCAGGGACAACGAACCUUCCAACUUAGUAAAUUACGAAAAUAUUGAAAAGAAAAACUGGAGUUCAACCAUGAGAGAUGUUAGAGUUUUAUCGAGCGACAAGAAGCAAGGUUUGGUGCGGGAACCCAAUGAUUGGAAUGAUGCGAGAAGGCAAUCACCAAAUGAAUAUGAAAAGAACUUUGCAUCGAGUAAACAAUGGUCAAAUGUAACUUCGACCAAGGAUAGAGUAGCCCGGAGAAUGCCAAAAAAAGAAAUUGGAGAACUCAUGGAAAAUAACCCCCAAAAUGAUCAAUUUGAGAAAGAUGCCAUAAUUGAUGUGAGAGAAAGAAUCGAUAAGAUAGUUAUUAAUCCUGAUAUUACCAACAACAAAACCCAAUGCAUAAGUCCAGCUGAGCGAUCAAGUUAUGCGUCUCGGAACGAAGUUCAUGAAAUAAAAGUGAAUCAACUAGUGUUUGACGGUUUGAAGUUUGUACCCGAGCCCAAUACUCUUGACGUUGAACCUUUGAUCAACCUCGGGUCUCCACGUCCAGCACCCGCACCUGUUCUUCCUUCAUCAUCAAAAUUAGAAGAUGAAUUAAAACAAAUCAAUUUCUUCGAAUAUUUAAAACAAGAGAUGGAAAAAGAAGCUGAUGAAGCGAAAAAGAAAAAUAAAGCUCCGGGAACGUCGUUUCGAAAAUCAAGUUUCUUGAAGGAGUUUGACCCCUUAUCAUGA